UUAAGAUAAAGAGGGGCGGGGCUGGUUGUAAAUUAUCUUUAGGGUAGAUCUAGCUAGCUAGCUCAAGCCAAAUUAGUUGUUGCAGUUUUAGAUUAGACUAUCCAAGCAGUGCCAUGGUUGGUGGAGGAAAGCUCACUGCAGCUCAAUGCAACCAAAGCCAUCAAGAUCAGAUAUGGAAGGACUAUGUGUGCAAGGAGGAAUCAAUUGGUAAGAAAUGGACGGACACCUGGGGAUUUCUGAGAGACGAAUACAGUACGCUCAGCAGAGAUCUAGGACAGAUCAGAGCCAGUGAACCUUUGAAGCUUCCUCGACUGCAAGCCCCCAAGCAGAACACGUCUAAUCCGUUUCCAAUGGUAAGCUCCAGAGAGGUUGGGUGGCGUUCGGGAAAGAGGGAAUGCAGACUGGAGAUAUAUGGACGCUGGGGACGACCCAAAUACUCUAUCAUUAAACAGCUGCGUUGGCCUAACGAUGCUGUGCCCUGAAAACUUUACUUCAACAGUUCAGAAACAAUUAACAUUCUAUCUAAUUUGUUUGUUUGUUAUACAUGCAUAGUUGAUGUAGAAUGACGUUACAAACGUUGUGUUGCUUAGUGACUUCAACAGA